AAGAGCUGUUGGCCUGUUUCAUCUUCCCUCUCCCAUUCCGUCACCUCUUCCUGUUUUCUUUCCUCCUAUAUCAUCCUCCUCUUCCUCUUUCCCCUUCUCCUCACAGGAGGCAGUCCACUUUUUAUUACAGCCUUUAUAUUUCGGCAUCAAAUCUGUCCAAUUUACUCCAAUUCAAUGCCCUCAUUAAUGGAGGCCAUCCUUUUCCUUCAAAAUUAGGUGCUUCAACCCCACUUUAAAGUCCCUACCGAUGCACACCAGCUUUGGAGGCAAGGUCACUACCUCUCAUGUGUCGACUUGAUAGCCUGUUCCGCCACACGUGGCACGACUACAUUGUGGGAAACAUAUGCCAAAGCUCUCGUUCGUCCUGGCCCCAGCCUAGUUCCCUCCUUCACCUCCUUUGCGCCCAGCGACCUCUGACGGCAAUUUAAGAGCGUUCAUGCAGAGAGCUAGACCGAGAAGUAUAUUGUUUUAGAGUGCAUGAAAGAGAAGUAGAGGUGGUAGCUGGUGUGGAAAAAUAAACCAGUCUGUCCUAUUAAAUGCCUCUCAUCUCCUCCAGGACUCAUCUAUAAAUCUUUGCAUCCUCUCCUCCCCACCUCCUCCCCACCACCCUAUAACACCACUACUGGUACUACUAUGUUUCUUUGAUUCAUUUUUCCUUUUGUUUACUGCACCUGCAACUCAUUGUAUACACAAACCACACACACACACGAAGACUAUAAAAAAGAGUGAGAGAGCAUGGAGACCAGCACGGUGCUGGUUGUGUUGGCGUGCAUCGCGGCGUAUGCUAUGUGGUUCUCGCGGCUAGCGUCGGGGUUGCGCGGCCCGCGAGUGUGGCCGUUGCUCGGGAGCGUGCCGGGAUUGAUCCAGAAUGGGGAGCGCAUGCAUGACUGGAUUGCCGAGAAUCUCCGAGCCGCCGGCGGCACGUACCAGACCUGCAUCUGCGCUGUCCCCGGCCUCGCCCGCAGGCAGGGGCUCGUCACCGUCACCUGCGAUCCCCGCAACCUGGAGCACGUCCUCAAGACGAGGUUCGACAACUACCCCAAGGGCCCGACAUGGCACGCCGUCUUCUGCGACCUCCUCGGCGACGGCAUCUUCAACUCCGAUGGCGACACCUGGCUCUUCCAGCGCAAGACCGCGGCCCUCGAGUUCACCACACGGACCCUCCGCGUCGCCAUGAACCGCUGGGUCUCCCGCUCCAUCCACCACCGCCUCCUCCCCAUCCUGCGCCGCGCCGCCGACACCGCCGGCUCCGCCUCCGUCGACCUCCAGGACCUCCUCCUCCGGCUUACCUUCGACAACAUCUGCGGCCUUGCCUUCGGCAAGGAUCCCGAGACCCUCUCCCCCGGCCUCCCCGACAACGCCUUCGCCAACGCCUUCGACCGCGCCACCGAGGCCACCCUCCACCGCUUCAUCUUCCCGGAGUUCGUCUGGCGGCUCAAGAAAUGGAUCCGCGCCGGCAGCGAGGUCACUCUUUCCGACAGCGUCUCCCACGUCGAUGGCUACCUCUCCGCCGUCAUAAAGAACCGAAAGCUCGAGCUCGGCGGCGCCGACGGUGGCCACCACGACGACCUCCUCUCUCGCUUCAUGAAGAAGGGCACCUACUCCGACUCCUUUCUACAGAGCGUGGCGCUCAACUUCAUCCUUGCCGGCCGCGACACCUCCUCCGUGGCGCUCAGCUGGUUCUUCUGGCUCGUCUCCACCCACCCCGCCGUCGAGCGCCGCAUUCUCCUCGAGCUUGCCACCGUCCUCUCCGACACCCGCGGCGCCGACCCCGCCGCCUGGGUCUCCGCUCCCCUCGGCUUUGAAGAAGUCGAUCGCCUUAUGUACCUUAAAGCGGCUCUCUCGGAGACUCUCCGGCUCUACCCCUCCGUCCCCGAGGACUCGAAGCACGUCGUCGCCGAUGACGUCCUCCCCGACGGCACCUUCGUCCCCGCCGGCUCCGCCAUCACCUACUCCAUCUACUCGGCAGGGCGGAUGAAGCCGGUGUGGGGCGAGGACUGCAUGGAGUUCCGGCCGGAGCGGUGGCUCUCCCCGGACGGGAAGCGGUUCGAGGCCCACGACUCGUUCAAGUUCGUCGCGUUCAAUGGCGGGCCGAGGGUGUGCCUUGGUAAAGACCUCGCGUACCUCCAGAUGAAGUCCAUCGCCGCCGCCGUUCUGCUGCGCCACCGCCUCGCCGUCGCCCCUGGCCACCGCGUCGAGCAGAAGAUGUCCCUCACUCUCUUCAUGAAGUACGGGCUCAGGAUGAACGUCUUCGACCGGGACCUCCAUGCUAUCGCCGAGGAGCUCCGGCAGGCCAAGCCGAAGGUGACGACGGCAAAUGGUGGCCUUGCCGCCGACGGAGGCUUUGUGAAGGCUCUUCAGGUUGGAGCGUCCAGUGCUUAAGUUUCUUGUUCCUUCUUAAGCUCAAAAAGAAUAUUGGAAUUAUAAGUUUGGAGGUGGUGUGGGUGAAUGUAGAUAGAUAGUAAGUAAACAAGUUGGUGUGAGUUUGAUCUCACUAAGAGAUCAGGAUUAUUAUGUCCUUAAUGGGUUUAUUAGGGACAAUUAAAAUUCAAAUGUUACGGUUGGUGUUAUGGACCUAAAUAAGAGAAUGAUGGACGUUAGUUGGCCAAAGAAGAUGAUCUAAAAAGAAGCCGAGAACUUUAUAGUUGUCAAUUGUUGAAUUUAGCUUUUCCAAUUGUUCAAUGCUUAACACAGGUCAAUUGUGGAAUUUUAUAGCU